AAUGGAUUGGAUCAGUGCGAGUAAUUUCUAAAAUAAUUUUAAGCAUUUGUAAACAGAAAAAAGAGACGAAAUGUAAUUUGCGGAAACUUAUCCACCAGUCGCUUUUUGCCAUAAUUCGCGUGCUUUGCUCUCGCUCACUCUUAAGUAAAUUUCUCUUUUGUGUUCAAAUGAGCUCAUUUUGCAUGCCAUUACUGAUUAAAUUGUUGUAUUGUUUUAUUGCUGUUUAAUUGAGAUUUUAAUUUCUGCAUAUUAAAAUUUAAUUUACUUUAGUCAAUAUUUCAAUGUUUAUCAACAUCACGUCGUCUCCAUGAGCGUCGAUUUGUUCAACUUUUCGUAUUUAAUUCAAACCGACAACCGGGUCAACUCUUACUUUCAACUUUUAGCUUAUUUACUGAUGAAAGUCUAAAUCAAUUAACGUUUGAAAUAGUUUUCUAUUUUCGUACUCUUGCGAUUGUGAUUGAUUACUGUGACGGUAGUUUGUUUCCAAAUGCAUUUUGUGACAUUGGGGCGAGGCUCACCGUCGACUUUCGUAGGAAAAUCAAAAUGGGUGGGAAGGCGGCAGCGAAACGUUUGUUACGUGCCAGAAGUCUGCUGCAUUGUUCGCGAAUCUGCGGAUAUCCACUGUAACAAUUGUUCUGCUAUGAGGCAUGUUUGUAUAUGUGUGCAUGUGUAUGUAUGUAUGUAAAUUUUUUCACAGUAGUUAGUGCUGUUUUGUUUUACAUAUGUACAUAUAUCGAUUCGGUUGGACGCUUCGUUUUUAUCGCUGCUGUCGUUGCUGCGCACGUAGUUGCAACUUUCCGAGUAUAUGGACAACAACACGGUGUCGCAUCGCGAGGAAGAAACUUCCUCUUUGACGAAGAAUAAUCGUCAAAACAAACGAAAGCUUCCCGGUAACGAUUCUGGGCCUACAGGAAAAAAGGGUCGUCCUAGUUCUGAUAUAACGGCGAAUGUGAAGUUACCAGCACAUGGUUACCCUUUGGAACAUCCUUUCAACAAGGAUGGCUACCGUUACAUUUUAGCAGAACCUGAUCCACAUGCUCCAUUCCGGCAAGAGUUCGACGAAAGCUCUGAUUGGGCUGGUAAACCAAUACCAGGCUGGUUAUAUAGAACUCUAGUGCCAAACUGUGUUCUAUUGGCUUUGCAUGAUCGAGCACCGCAACUGAAAGUUUCCGAAGAUCGUUUAGCUGUUACUGGGGAGAAGGGAUACUGUAUGGUACGCGCCACACAUUCGGUGAAUCGUGGGCGCUGGUAUUUUGAGGCUGUUGUUGAAGAAAUGCCAGAGGGCGCUGCAACGCGAAUGGGCUGGGGUCAGGAGUACGGCAAUCUGCAAGCCCCUCUCGGCUAUGACAAAUUCGGUUAUUCCUGGCGGUCACGAAAAGGUACCAGAUUCCAUGAAAGCCAUGGUAAACACUAUAGUGACGCUUAUGCGGAAGGUGAUGUUUUGGGUUUCUUAAUCGAUUUGCCCGAUGAAACGGACACCAACUACUUACCCAAUACCUUUAAGGACAGACCUCUUGUAAAGUUUAAGUCACAUUUAUAUUAUGAAGAUAAGGAUAAGGUGCAAGAAACACUGAAGGGCCUUAAAGUACUGCCAGGCAGUACAAUCGAGUAUUUUAAAAACGGUAAAUCACAAGGUGUGGCUUUCACAGAUAUAUACGGUGGUUCUUAUUACCCUACCAUAUCCAUCCACAAGAACGCCACGGUAGCUGUGAAUUUCGGACCGAACUUCAAGCAUCCCGAAGUAUUGAACGAAUCUAAAGCUAAAGGAAUGUGCGAACGAGUCGAGGAGUUAAUAAGUGAACAGUGCCUAUCAGAUAUAAUGUACUUGACAGAGAAUGAUGGAAAGCUGCGUCUGGAUAAUUUUAAUUUCAGUAAAUUAAAGUGAAAAAUCCUUUUUGAUGUUCACUGUGAUGCAGUUAAUGAUGCUAAAUAGGUAAAGGCUAACUUAAGAAGUUUAUUCUACCUGAAGAAAGCGUACACAAGAUCAUUGGCGAUUCCACAUACAGCCCAUUAGACAUAUGAGACAACCAAAAUUCAACAAGAUUCGGAUAAAAAAAAAAUAUAUAUAUAUAUUUUGAUUCGGAAUUUAAUAUGAAAAAAAAUAAGCUAAAUAAAAAAUA